AUGUGGCAGAAAAUUUCAUUGCGCGUUCUUCUAGUGGCGCUGCUUUUAAAUGCAGUGACAAGUAAAAAUAUUCGACAUGCAGCCAAUAAAGAGGACUCACCGGAUCAGUCGAGCAAUGUUGGAUCGGUACUCCUAAGGCUGCCGAGCGUUGCUAGUGGGCGGGAUUUGAGUGCAUUUUUACAGCCAACCAGCCCACCAAGACCAUCUGCACAUGAUCACCAUCAUCACCAUCAUCAUCAUCAUAAUGAAGAGCCAUUAAAGCCAAGACCACCUAAACGUCGACCACAUCAUGGCGACGAUUGCGAUAACGAUGAAUAUGAUUGUGAUGAUUAUUACCAUCCUAGACCACCAUGGCAUUACAGAUAUCCAUGGCCCUACAAUCCGUGGUACUCUGCGCCAACCGCAUCUCCACCGGCACCAGCACCAGCACCAGCACCUGCACCCGCACCAGCACCAGCACCACAAUAUGGACCUGGUUCAUAUCCACCAAAUUAUGGACCUGGUGCAUAUCCACCAUAUUAUGGAUAUUAUGGACCUCAAUCUUUUUACAACCCUUACUAUCGUCCACCGCAAUACAUCUUUUACAAUAACACAUAUUACCCCGUCGUACCAGCAUUUCCUAAUACGCCGAGACUUUACAACGACGUGGAAGCCGAUAGUGAAGCCUUGGAUUAUUACAUGGAUAAUGAAGAAGAAGAGGAGUGA